AUGACGCCGCUGGGUAUUUUCUUGGGCAUGGUGCUGUCCGAUUCAUUGCGUGGCAGCAGCGCGCUGACUAUGGAGGCAGUGGCGCUGAGCAUCGCGUCGGGCAGCUUCAUCUACUUGGCAUUUCACGAACUUUCCGAAGAGAACGCAAGCCAAGAGACCAAUUCCGCCGAGAAGCUCGCGCUGUUCUCCAUGGGCAUCUCCAGCAUGGCUGUGCUGGCCGCGUGGGCAUAA